GCAGGGGGAGUUUUCUGGUAAAGCGAGCCGAGCUUGCGCUUUGUACAACCCGAGACGGAGAAUCACAGCGGUUGUAUUUGGCAGUCUUGUGCGGAGGGCACCGGCGGCGCCUGGGAUCGGGUCGGAGGCGCCCGAGAGACUGGCAGCGGAGCGAGCCGAGGGAAGCCGAGCAAUCCCGAGCCGAGGCGAGAGGAGUCGAGUAAAGGAAAGCUACCGGCGGAGCGGAGCGGCUCCAUCUUGUGCGGCCCGUCAUGGGGGAGACGAAGAUUAUUUACCACCUCGAUGACCAGGAGACGCCGUACCUGGUCAAGCUGCCAAUCCCUGCUGACCGGGUCACCCUGGCGGACUUUAAAAGUGUGCUCAACAAACCUAACUACAAGUUCUACUUCAAGUCUAUGGACGACGACUUUGGAGUAGUGAAGGAAGAAAUCUCAGAUGACAAUGCCAAGCUCCCAUGUUUUAAUGGCCGUGUGGUGUCCUGGUUGGUGUCAGCAGAUGGUUCCCACUCAGAUGCUGGCUCUGUGUGUGCAGACAGCCAGUCAGAUCUUCCACCCCCCAUAGAGCGGACAGGAGGCAUUGGGGAUUCGAGACCUCCAUCUUUUCAUGCAAAUGCUGCUGGCAGUCAGGACAACUUGGACAAUGAGACGGAGACAGAGUCCGUGGUAUCUUUACGAAGGGACAGGCCACGCCGAAAGGAAGCAAAUGAACAUGUGCAUCGAUUCAAUGGCCAUGCGAAGAUGGAGCGACGGCAUGACAUGGGUGGUUAUGAGAGCUCAUCCACACUGAUGAGUAGUGAGCUAGAGUCCACCAGCUUCUUUGACUCUGAUGAUGAUGACUCAGCAAGCCGGUUUAGUAGCUCAACAGAGCAGAGCAGCUCCAGCCGACUGAUGAGAAGACAUAAAAGGCGGCGGCGGAAACCCAAGGCCCCACGUAUGGAGCGGUCAUCCUCCUUCAGCAGCAUUACAGAUUCCACAAUGUCUCUAAACAUCAUCACGGUCACGUUAAAUAUGGAGAAGUACAAUUUCUUGGGCAUUAGCAUUGUGGGGCAGAGCAAUGAACGGGGAGAUGGAGGCAUUUAUAUUGGUUCCAUCAUGAAGGGUGGAGCUGUGGCAGCAGAUGGUCGAAUUGAACCAGGAGACAUGCUUCUGCAGGUCAAUGAUAUCAACUUCGAAAACAUGAGCAAUGAUGAUGCUGUGCGUGUUCUAAGGGAGAUUGUCCACAAACCAGGGCCUAUAACUUUGACCGUGGCAAAGUGCUGGGACCCAACACCUAGAGGCUGCUUCACGCUACCCAGGAGUGAGCCAAUUCGACCUAUCGACCCGGCAGCCUGGGUAUCACCGGCUGCCAUGACAGGGACGUACCCAGUGUAUGGUAUGAGCCCUUCCAUGAGCACGAUCACUUCCACUAGCUCCUCCAUCUCCAGCUCCAUUCCUGAGACUGAACGUUUUGAUGACUUCCACUUGUCCAUCCACAGCGAUAUGGCUACUAUUGCUAAAGCCAUGGCAUCGCCAGAGUCGGGUCUGGAGGUGCGAGACAGGAUGUGGCUGAAGAUAACCAUUCCUAAUGCAUUUAUAGGUUCUGAUGUAGUGGACUGGCUGUACCACCAUGUGGAGGGUUUCACUGACCGGCGCGAGGCACGCAAGUAUGCAAGCAAUUUGCUCAAAGCUGGCUACAUCAGGCACACCGUCAACAAGAUUACUUUCUCUGAACAGUGCUACUAUAUCUUUGGGGACCUCUGUGGCAAUAUGGCACAUCUGUCCUUGAAUGACCAUGACGGCUCUAGUGGAGCUUCAGACCAGGACACUUUGGCGCCUCUCCCUCAUCCUGGGGCUGCACCUUGGCCACUUGCCUUCCCAUAUCAGUACCCAGCACCACACCCUUACAGCCCUCAUCCAGGUUUUCAUGACCCUGGCUACAGUUAUGGAGGUGGAGGUGGAAGUGCUGGCAGCCAACACAGUGAAGGAAGCCGAAGUAGUGGUUCAAACAGAAGUGGAAGUGAACAACGGCGGAAGGAAAAGGAAGCGGGCAAGACAGGGGGUGCAGACUCCAAAUCAGGGGGCAGUGGCAGUGAGUCAGACCACACUACAAGAAGCAGCAGUGUGAGGAGGGAGCGGCCACCCAGUGAACGCUCAGCAGCGCCCCCUAGUGAACAUAGCCAUCGCAGUCACCACUCCACAGCACACAGCAUACGAAGUAACCACAGCCAUGCCUAUGGUCCACCAGGAGUCCCACCCCCUCAUUUCCCUCCACCUUUGGUAAUGAUGGCACCACCUACAGCUCCACCUGGUGCACCCCCGGGCCGAGACCUGGCAUCAGUUCCCCCUGAACUGACUUCUAGCAGACAGUCGUUCCGCAUGGCCAUGGGUAAUCCCAGUGAGUUUUUCGUGGAUGUUAUGUGACCCCACUGAAGACCACCAAUCGGAUGGAGAGAUUUUUCUGGCCUUGAUUUCUUAAUAAAGAUAUCAAAAUAAACUUGUUAGAAAAUAAGCAGCAGUGUGAGCUGUGGCUGCAUCCAGCUCUUUUAGAUGGGUUGGACACUGCGUAGCCUGAGCCUGGACUGGAUGCAAGCAGGAUUCUUCUGUUUCCUAGCAGUAACACUUUGGGUUUUGUUUGAAAAGGUGUGGUUCAGAGGUGGAAUGCCUGUUAGCCAAGCAUUGUUCUUAGGCUGGUACCACAACACCCAGAGAACACACCUCCUGCCUCAUGAAGAGAGAACUAUACCAGUUGGUCUGUCUGCAGUACUGAGUCAAUCACUUAAAAGUUGAGGAGCUACAGGCAAACAAAUGGCUCAUUUUAUGAAAUAUUUCAAAAUGAAUAGCAGAGUAAAAUACCACAGUAGAGUCAAGCAGACUGCUCUGCUGAAUGUGAAUGUGUCUGUUCUUCCUGGAUAAAGCCUCCUGAUACUUUUUUCAAGCUAUACAGGAUAUAGGGAAGAAUGUUUAUUGGCAUGUUGGCCUUAAAACUGUCCCAUGCCUGGAGCAUCACUAAAUCAGAAUGUCAUGAACUGGUAGAGCAAGGUGCUUCAUUAGAAUGAAGUCCCUUCCGAAUGUGCAUAAUGAGAUAAUGCCCCCUUAAAUGAAACCACUGUGGAGGCAAUACUUAAGCAAAAUCCACAAAGUGGCUGCAGCAAGGUGGUACUAGCAAGAAUGAAGCCCCUUGGGCAAGUGUGUUGAGCCAAUAUUCAGUGAAUGUGAUGGCAUGAGCAAGUGCAGUGAGAUGGUUAUCCCUGAAUGAAACAUUUUCAGUGAGUGAUGCACCUGACUUAUUUCCUUAGUGUGGUUGUAAUAAGGUGGAAAUGGUUCCCUCUUGCCAGGGUGUAAUAACAGUGUAUACCUUAAACUGCCAAUGGAGGGUAUACUGAGGCCCUGCUAUUGAAUGAAGACCCAUGCAUGCAUGGGUAGGUAUAGUGAAGUGUCUGUUCUAUGGUCUGGGUCUGCCGGAGCCCACUUGCUGCACAUCUGUCAACUUCGUUGCCUUACACCUGUAAACUUUACACAUUAACCCAUUGCUGUAAAGCUCCUUGUUUGAGUUUCAAGUUUUUCAGACAUUAGUGACUGAUGUGUAGCGGUACUCAGCUCGGCUCAUACUGGCUGUACUGAAUGCUGUUUUAUGAAAAAUAUUGUUUCUAUUUAUAAACAUAGUUUUAUUGCCUAAA